GAAAGCUUCUCCGCCUCCUGCUGCUGCUUGUGGGGAGGAACGCGGAGGAGCGCCGGAUGGAAGCUGGUUUCCAGGGGAGGAGGAUGCGGUGGGCGCUAUGCCGGGCUGAGGGAACUCGGGGCUCGGAGAUUUCCUCAUGCCAUGAAGUAGAUGUGUUUAUUUCAGCCUUAAAAUUAUUGAUGCCAGUGCUUGCUAUGGCAUCUGUGGCUUCACCGGUUCUAUUUAAGGAGUUUUGUCCCUUGUAUUAUCUACUCAAUGCCAUUCCAACAAAGAUCCAAAAAGGCUUUCGUUCCAUUGUGGUUUACCUCACAGCACUUGAUACCAAUGGCGACUACAUUGCGGUGGGAAGCAGCAUUGGAAUGCUUUAUCUCUACUGCAGACAUUUAAACCAGAUGAAAAAAUACAAUUUCGAGGGGAAGUGUGAAUCUAUAACUUCUGUGAAGCUGCUGAGCUGUUUUGAUGAUCUAGUUGCUGUUGGUACAGCCUCGGGUCGAGUUGCAGUCUUUCAGCUCGUGUCUUCAUUGCCUGGAAGAAACAAACAGCUUCGGCGAUUCGAUGUUGCUGGUAUCCACAAAAGCAGCAUUACAGCUUUAGCUUGGAGUCCCAAUGGGAUGAAAUUGUUUUCUGGAGAUGACAGAGGGAAGAUUGUCUACUCUGCCCUUGAUCUAGACCACGGUGUUUGCAACUCCAGCCUUGUGUUAGAAGAGCCAUCUUCGAUUGUCCAGUUGGAUUACAACCAGAAAGUGCUGCUUGUCUCUACUUUACAACGAACUAUCCUUUUUUACACGGAAGAGAAAUCUGUCAAGCAAGUUGGAACACAGCCCAGAAAAAACAGUGGCAAAUUUGGAGCAUGUUUUAUACCUGGCCUCUGUAAGCAGACCGAUCUGACACUGUUUGCUGCCAGACCUGGGCUUCGCCUCUGGAAAUCUGAUGUUCAUGGAACUGUUCAGGCCACGUUCAUCUUGAAAGAUUUAUUUGCCAGAGGAAUACAAACUUUUGAGUUGUAUCCUCGUUUGGAACCACCCGACAGAGGAAGUUAUGGCUCCCCAGAGAAACACCUUGGACUUGUUUCAUGCUUUUUUCGAGAAGGAUGGGUGCUGACCUGGAAUGAAUACAGCAUCUAUUUAUUGGACACCGUGAACCAGGCUUUGAUCGGUGGAUUGGAAGGAUAUGGUGAUAUUGUGUCUGUGUCUUGCACCAGCAAUGAGAUUUUUCUCUUAAAAGGAGAUAGAGACAUCAUAAGAAUUUCAAGCAGACCCGAAGGACUGUCAUCACUAGAUGGGAAUUCAAAACUGUUGAAUCCUUCAACAGAUACAAGUCCUCACUUGCUGACCCCAAUAUCAGUAGCUGCAUCUACAUCAUCCAGCCUCUCAGUGGAAACAGAUAAAAAAAUAGUUACUUCUCCUUCAGUUGUUGGUGAAAAAGGAGACUCUUUAGUGAAAGAUGAUCUGGAAACUCCAAUACUAUUGGAAAAAAGCUUUGAUAGAGUGGGAGACUUGAGCAAUGAAACAAGAAAAAGGGGCUGCUCUGUAGCAAGUGAAUCAAGAAGCAGGAGCAGUUCAGUAAAUUCUGUGGACAGUGGCUCUAGUUUUAUGAUAUAUGCAGACCAAUUUUCAGAAGCUCAGAGAGAAUGUCAGCUUUCUUCACAACGGUUCAGCACUAUCAGCUCUGAAGACUUUGACCAGGAACUCAUUGUAAAGCCAAUUAAAGUGAAAAAGAAAAAGAAGAAGAAACAAGAAAGUGGAACCAAAAGAAACCACAUCUCUCUGGAAGGUACACCAAACUACGAGCGUCAGCUUUCUGGUGACAGCCCGCAUUCAAUGAACGCAGAUUCAUUUUCCAUGACAUCUAGCCUCAUGAGUGGAAGCAUUGAUCAUUUGAGUACCGGGUCUCCAGAUCAGGAAAGCAUGUUCAGCGUGGAGUCCAAUACAGUCUUACAGGAAGAUAACGGUUCAGAAACAUUUAGUAUCCUGCAGUCUCCCGAGUCUGCAACUGUACUAAUUAAUGAAGAAAAUGGAAAUACAGUUGACUUACAGAAACUUCCCAACAGUGACAGUGGCAUGGGUACAUCGACAAUUACAGAUGCUUUGACAUCUGUCUCUCCUCCUAUCCUCACAGAAGACUUAACAAGCACUGUUGUUACUGAAAACAACCACUGUGUGUUUUCUGCAAGCAAUGAAUGCUGUCCUGGAAAGCUAGGCCAAGAAGAACAGGAUUUUAGUACAUUAUGUAAAAUAAAUGAAAAUCUAGAUAAAAUGAAGCUGCAGGAUGGUGAGAAAUGUUUUGAAGAGCUGGACCAAACACUUUUGGAACGUAGCAGUAUACUUGGUGUUCAGGCAUCACUGACACUGAAUGAAAGUGAUGAAACUAGUAGGGAAGACCAACAGCAGCAUUCUCUAACAGUCAGUGCUCCGUCAGUUCCUUCUGUUCACCACUCUGACAUCUCUAAAGGUGUUGAUUCAGAGCAUAGUUCCAUUUCUGGGUGGAAUUUUGAAAGUGUAAUCAAAGGUAAAUCUACUACUAGCACUGCUGAAUGGGUAACAAACACUCAUGAAAGUAAGGCAGAGGAGGAAUCUGCCUCAAGUGAUGAAGAGGAUAUUUAUGGACAUGGAUUACCAUAUUCAUCCUCAGAGACUAGUGUGCCUGAAGUUGGUGCUGAGCCUGGUUCCCAGGAUUUGGCCAGGAUAAGCCUAGAUGAAAUGGUGCUGUUAAAAUCUGAUCAGUUUGCAGAGAGCUGGAUGGGAUACUCUGGCCCUGGCUACGGCAUCCUGAGCCUGGCUGUCUCAGAGAAGUACAUUUGGUGCCUGGACUACAGAGGCAGCCUGUAUUGCAGUGCUCUUCCAUCUGCUGGGCUACGGUGGCAGAAGUUUGAAGAUGGAGUCCAGCAGGUGGCAGUUUCCCCUUCAGGGGCUCUUCUCUGGAAGAUUGAACAGAAAACUAAUAAAGCAUUUGCUUGUGGAAAAGUAACUAUAAAAGGGAAACGCCACUGGUACGAGGCUUUACCUCAGGCUGUAUUUGUAGCCUUAAGUGAUGACACUGCCUGGAUUAUCAGAACAAAUGGAGAUCUGUAUCUACAAACAGGCCUGAGUGUGGAUCGUCCUUGUGCAAGAGCAGUAAAGGUUGAUUGCCCUUAUCCACUGUCGCAGGUUACCUCCAGAAAUAAUGUUGUGUGGGCACUGAGUGAGCAACGGGCCCUGCUCUACCGGGAGGGAGUACGCAGCUUUUGUCCUGAAGGAGAGCAGUGGAAGAGUGAUAUUGUCAGUGAAAUACAAGCUUUGGAACCUGUGUGUAUAACCCUUGGAGAUCAACAGACAUUAUGGGCUUUGGAUAUCCAUGGAAAUCUGUGGUUCAGAACUGGUGUAGUUUCAAAGAAGCCCCAAGGAGAUGACAACCAUUGGUGGCAAGUAAGCAUCACUGAUUAUGUAGUGUUUGACCAGUGCAGCCUGUUCCAGACAAUAAUCCAGGCCACACAUUCAGUGGCAACAGCAGCUCAGGCACCUGUAGAGAAAGUGGCUGACAAACUUCGAAUGGCAUUUUGGUCACAGCAGCUUCAGUGUCAGCCCAGCCUCCUUGGAGUUAAUGGCAGCGGAGUCUGGAUCUCUUCAGGCAAAAAUGAAUUCCAUGUGGCAAAGGGAAACUUAAUAGGCACUUAUUGGAAUAUUAUUGUGCCUCGUGGUACUGCUUCAGCCACAAAAUGGGUUUUUGUGUUGGCGUCCCCAGCUUCAUCUAAAGAAGGAAGCUUUUUGUGGCUGUGCCAAAGCAACAAGGAUCUGUUUUGUGUCAGUGAUCAGAGUCCUCAGUUUCGUCCUUCUACGGUGCAGCUGCCACCAGAGACUGAAAUGGUGCACUACUCUGCCUGCCAGGAUGCCAUUUGGGGUUUGGAUAGUCUUGGACAGAUAUUUAUCAGAACGCUUUCAUCCAGCUGUCCAACAGGGAUGCACUGGACAAAACUGGAUCUCUCUCAACUAGGAGCUGUGAAGCUGGUCAGCUUGGCCUGUGGAAAUCAGCACGUUUGGGCAUGUGACACCAGUGGUGGUGUUUAUUUCCGUGUAGGAACCCAACCUCUUAACCCGAGUUUGAUGCUUCCUGCAUGGAUAAUGAUUGAGCCACCUAUACAGCCAGUAGGAAUCAACUUGGUCAGCAUUCAUUCCAGUCCAAAUGAUCAGAUGUUGUGGGCCAUUGACAGCAAAUGGAACGUCCACGUACGAGUAGGAAUUACAGAGGAAAUGCCUGUAGGCACCGACUGGGAACAUGUACCAGGUUUGCAGGCAUGUGAGCUGGCUAUAAGUACAAGGACUGUUUGGGCACGCUGUCCAAAUGGAGAUGUAGCUCGUCGAUAUGGUAUUACUGACAAGAAUCCAGCAGGUGAUUACUGGAAGAAGAUUCCUGGAAACGUUACACGUUUAACAGUCACCCCUCUGGAUGAACUGUGGGCGAUCAGUACUUCAGGAUCCCUUCUCCAGCGCCUCACUAAGACCCUUAGCCAUUCCCAUAACCAGCAGAAAAAUGAUACUUCUGUUCUGCUUCACCCUGAUGAUUUUGAAGAUGAAUGGGAAGUGAUAUGAAGUUCCUCAAGCUUGUGAAGCAGUGAGAAAAAUAGAAGGGCGUACAGAACUGCUGUAAUGUAUGUACAGAAUGUUGGAUGUAAAAGCCACUCAUACUGGACCUUGUGAGAUAUUAGCACUUUUGUAUUAAAAAACUGACCUGUUAAAUAGCCUCUAAGUUGUGAGUUCUGAUGUUUGUUCCAGUAUCCCUUGGGAGACUCUUUAGGUGUGGCAUACUGCAGUUGUUAUAUUGUACUACUGUAGCAGCUCCUUUGGAAACAUAACUCUUUAACUUAAAUCUGAUUAGCAAUGAAAGUGACUAUUUCACAAUAGCAUGCACACUAAUAUGCGUGUACUUUGAGAGGAAAUUCUGUUGCAUUAAAUAUUUCUCUACAUCAGAAACAUUAAAUAUUUCUCAAUUUCUUCUUUUAUGUGGAACUCCAAACUGAUAGAAAUGCUCUUCAACUAUUGUGUAUGUUUAGAAUGACUUUUUCUUUGCAGCAUGGAGGAAAAUAGAAGAAGGAAUUUCUUAGAGAGAUUUUAGAACAUCCUGAUUUCACGGCACUGGUGUUGAAACGAGCUUAGUUUGGUCCAUUUCCAUAUAAAUAUCUGCAAGCCUAUACUAACAUUCAACAUCUAGAAAUUUUGUUUCUAGCAUGGGAAGUUUGGAUUGCACAUCAUAUCAAGGGAACUUUCCCCCAUUUCACGCAGCCAUCAGGGAGCUGACAGUUUUUGAGGGGUAAGUCCCACUCUGGAGAAGAAGGAAGUUGCAUGUUGGGUUUGUAGUACAAAGUAGGAAUGUACGAAGCAGCUUUUAUGUUACCUGUUGUGCUACGUUUGUGCCUCCAGCCAGUGCUUUAACAUUUGGACUCAAAUUGUUCUGAGUACCAAACACAGAUGUAUUAAAAGUAAAAUGGUAAUUGAUAGAAUUACCUGUAUAUCCCAUUAAAAUUGUGAUAUUGUGAGAAAAUACUUAACAAUAUUGUAACUUUUAGCUAUGUUAGCUAAAUUUUGAAGUGUCUUAUGCUUACAGAUGUUGCAGCAGAGGUAUGUAAUGAACUGGGAAGUAACCUGAGUUAGUCACUGCAGUUUAUUUUUCUUUAAAUCUUCCUUGAAAGAUACCUCAUCUUUUUUAAGCAAUAGAACUAUAGAUGAGAGAACCUGAGUUCAGUACGUAGGUGGAAGAGUUAUUUUGUGUUUGUUCUAAGCAUAUAAAUCAUCAGAAUGUUUAAGCAGCUGCUAACCAAUACUGUAAAUGAGCCAGCUUCAGAAAAAGGCCGGGUGUUAAAUUGUGGGGAUGUUUCUGUUUCAAGAACUUAACACAUACGGAGAAGGAUGUUUUCUUUUUAACCUCUGUUCUUUUUCAGGAUAGGUCGUGCAUGUACUGCACUAAACUUGGAACAAACGUGGUGCAAGGUGAGAAUGUACAUCUGUGGAGAGAGAACCAAGUUAUGUCACAUUGUGUUGUUCU